GGCAAGGAGAGAGACGCGCCAGCGCAGAGAGGCACGGAGCCGGAGCGGAGAGCAUCAAGCAGUCUGCAUUUGGGGGGAAAAAAUCCGAAACUAGUGUGGGGAAUCGAGAAAACCAACGACAAACAAUAAAAAACAGUAAAGCACUGAUAGAACGCAUAACUGUGGGCGCUGUGUUAGUAUUUGGACUUAAAAUGAAAGGUCUAUCUGUCUCUCUAUUGGAUUUGGAGUCAUACUUGCGGCGCCUUUGACCGGAGAGUAGCGCAUAUGCAGAGAGGGUUUGCCAAUCCAACUUGACUCAACAUUCAGGAUCUUAAUCAGCGCUUCUCUCUUUGAACAUCAUCAAGCAUUACCAUCACUGCCACCAUGGAUGAAGACCAGUGCUACUAUAAUGAGACUAUCUCCUUCUUCUAUAACCACAGUCGUAAGCCCCUUGCUGAAGACUGGAACACCGUUAGCAGGCUUGUGAUGGGCCUGGGCAUCACCGUCUGCAUCUUUAUCAUGCUCGCCAACCUUCUAGUGAUGAUCGCCAUCUACGUCAACAGGAGAUUCCACUUUCCAAUCUAUUACCUGAUGGCAAACCUAGCAGCUGCUGACUUCUUUGCUGGACUGGCCUACUUCUACCUAAUGUUCAACACAGGACCAAAUACUAGACAUCUUACUGUUUCAACAUGGUUGUUGCGUCAAGGCUUGAUUGAUACCAGUCUGACAGCAUCAGUGGCGAACCUGCUGGCCAUCGCUAUAGAACGUCACAUCACUGUCUUCCGCAUGCAGCUACAUACGCGAAUGAGCAACCGACGUGUGGUGGUGGUGAUCCUCAUAAUCUGGACUAUGUCCAUAGUGAUGGGAGCAAUCCCCAGUGUUGGCUGGAACUGUAUCUGCAGUCUUAAUAGUUGCUCCAACAUGGCGCCCCUUUAUAGCAACUCCUACUUAGUCUUUUGGGCAGUGUUUAACCUUUUGACAUUUGUUGUGAUGGUAACACUUUACGCCCACAUUUUUGUCUAUGUGAGGCAGAGGACCAUGAGGAUGUCGCGGCACAGCUCAGGACCACGGCGCAACCGAGAUACAAUGAUGUCUCUGCUAAAAACGGUGGUCAUUGUGUUAGGUGCAUUUAUCAUCUGUUGGACUCCCGGCUUGGUCAUCCUACUUCUCGACGUCUUUUGCUCCAGCUGCAACAUCCUCACCUAUGAGAAGUUCUUCCUACUCCUUGCAGAGUUUAACUCCGCAAUGAAUCCUAUCAUCUACUCAUAUCGGGACAAGGAGAUGAGCGCCACCUUCAAGCAGAUCUUGUGCUGUCAACGGCAGGAGAAUGUUAAUGGGACGGUGGCGGAGGGCUCCGACCGCUCAGCGUCUUCUAUCAACCAUACAGUGCUGGGUGCUGGCACUGUGCAUCACCAUCACCUUCACAAUGAGCAUUCGGUGGUUUAAAAUUAUUUAAAGAAGGGAGACUGAAAGUUGAGGCGAUUCUGUCUGAAACAAGGUAAAUACUUAAGAAGGGAUGGGAAUGGUAUUGAUUGUAGACUGAAUUUAAAGACAGGUGAAGGACUGAUGAUCAGUAUGAUCGAGGAUUCAAAGAAGGAGAAAGGGAUUCAAAUGUAUGAAGAAAAGACUAAGCGCAUGAAGAGAGGAAGUCUUAUAUUCAAGGACUCUGACACACCAAUUGUAUUAUUGUGUAGCUGUAUAUUGUUUUCUUUGUUUAAUGUUUUUUUUUUUUUUUACAAGCAAUGUUGAUAUGAAUUAUUUAAGUAGUCUGUGAAGUAAUGCCAGUAUAACCGUUCUCUUUCUCCAUUCAGUCUGUUUAACACAGAAAAAAACUCUGCAUUUAUUCACCACAUUUUGACUUUGCUGAUCAGUGCUUUUUCAUGUCAUGGAGCAGAUGGCUUUUACUGUGAACAGACAUAACCGCAUCAACUGCUAUAAUCUAACUUUACACAUGAAGACCAGUUGGAUUUUUCAUGUUAUAUAAAUGUCUGUUUUUGACCCCUCCUUUUACACAUUUCCGUGCUUUUGUAAGAUUUUAAGAGGGUUCAAUUGUCUUGAUAGUGGCUGGUGUCUUUAAGACAAAAAAUAUUGUUACAAUUUCAUUUUUUUUUGUUCUCUUCCUUCUUCUUAACACUAAAAUUUAUUUGAUGCAUUGGAGGAUUCGAUUUCAAAGGGAAAUAUUUAUUUUUUACAGCACCAGCCUGAGAAGUGGAUGGAAAUUUGGAGACCAACCCCAAUUUUUUACCAUUUUCAGCCUUCACAUCAUAACAAACCCUUGCUUUCCCAUGUACAUAGACCAAUUUAUAGCAUUGUACUUUACAGUUAGAACCAGAUAUGUAUAUACAACAUAAAAAGAAGAACAUAUAUUUUUUCCUUACUGUCUAACAUUAGGUCAAAUUAAAGUUUUUCAGUUUCAGGUCAGAACAAAAAAAUAUCCUGAUUGCCAAAAUAAUGAGGUCAAGUUUUUUUUUUUUUGCAUUCCUUUCUUCAAAUACAUUUAUUGAUAAAGAUUACAAACGUUGUGACUUUAAAAACUAUGAAAUACCAGAUGAUGAUGUCAUGGCUUUGUUAGCCUCUGAUUUAUAUUUAUAAGUUCUGAGUCGUAUGAAGGAACCACUGUGGAGUUUUUUAAAGAAAGAGGUAAUGAAUCAAAGAUUAAUCAGCCAAUACAUCAGGAGAAAAACCAAUGUCAGGACUAAGAGUUUCCUGUUUCGUUAUUUCAAGGGAUUACAUGUAAAUAUAAACAACAUUGGGAUGUACAGUUAGCAUGCAUUUCUGAAUAGAAUAAAAUUUUGUGUGAAAGAUCUUUGAAAAUAGAAUCUUGUAAAGAUACAGACCUAAGCUGAGUGAAACAAGUCCCAUAACAACAACUGCUAAAACUGCACUGCAAGGGGAAGAAGGAUAAAUGGCAGUUUGCAAAUGCACUCAGGGAAAAAAAGAUUUUUUAUUGGUGAAGAUAAGUCUUGUGGUUUGAUGAAACGUAAAACUAUGUGGAUGCUUUGGUGUAGGAGGAAUUGAUGCACUAUGUGAAGUAGAUGGCCUGAUAGGAGCUAAAGUUAUAUAGAAACUUUAAUAACAUUGCAAGAUGUCAUCCAGGGAGUCAAUGCUUGGUCAGAUGGAAGUCUUCAG